ACAUGAAUGAAUUUAAUACACUUUCACUUUUAUGUGUUUAGUAUUGUUGUUUGAUAUAGACUUUUAGAGCAAAAUGAAGGCCUGUUAUGGAUUGUUUUUACUGCCUCUAAAAAGACCGAAAACUUAAUUAAAAGUCUUUACUUUUGAAGGAACUGAUUAAAAUUAAUAUUUUAUUUAAAUGGAAGAAGAAGUUGGCCUAAUGCAAUUGCAUUUCCCGCAAAUAUUUAUUGCAAAUCACUGAGGAACUGGAAUUGCUCAAAUUUGCAAUAAAUAUCUAACUAUAAAUAUAUUUGGCGGCUUGACAAAAGGAUUUAAAUUUCUCAGAAAACACAUGCUGCCAUGCCAAGCCACUCUCGAUUUAUUCAUUGUGAAACUGCAUGCAUUAGCAAAAAGGAAAUGACAACAGUAACAGAAGUGUGAUUUCAAUUGUCACUUAGACUAUUUUCCUUAAGCAGUUAUACAACCGAGUCAACCAAGACCUUGAGAUGAUGGCGUUAAAUUUUACCAACAGCCAUGACGAUAAUUACUCAUAUCCAUAUGAAGACCUAAUCUCAAUGUGUGAGGCCGACGACUAUAAAAUGACCACUGGUGUGUGCUACGCCAUAAUCUUCUGCCUCAGCAUCCUCGGAAAUGGCUUUCUCGUGUGUGCGCUCACCUGCUACGAAGACCUGAAAAGGGUUACCAACCUUUUUAUGUUCUGUUUGGCUCUUUUUGACCUUCUGUUCACGCUGACGUUGCCUUUCUGGUGUGUGGAGCUUCUUCAUCAUUGGGUUUUUGGUGACUUCGCCUGCAAGAUCAUGACCGGGGCCUAUUUUGUAGGCAUCUACGGAAGCCUUAUCCUCCUCACGGCCAUGACCCUCGACCGUUUUGUUGUGGUUGUGGUCAGAAGCAACUGGCUAACAGGGAGACGAAGGCUCAAAUGUUCAAAAGUUGCCUGUGCUGGUGCCUGGAUCAUAAGUUUGAUUGCUUGUCUGAGAGAUUCAAUAGCUGCAAAUGCACAAAAAGUGCAUAUCAAGACAUACUCUUGUGAAAGCAACAGUAUGCAUGACGAAAAGGCUGGAUAUUAUGCACAGCUUAUUAUGCUGUUCCUCAUACCAUUUGCAGUCAUUGCUUUCUGUUACACCAAAAUCCUCAUGACUCUCAUGUCAACGUCAGCCAGGCAUAAAUACAGGACUGUGAUACUGGUGCUGUGCAUUGUUAUAGGUUUCUUCAUAUGCUGGGGGCCGUAUCAUAUCAUCAUGGUGCUGAUGUCCAUCUAUGAACCUGACCCCUGUGAAAGUUAUCAGCUGCAUGUUACCUUUAUCAUCUGCAGGAUUCUGGCGUUUUCUCAUUGCUGCAUAAAUCCAGCGCUGUAUAUUCUCAGAGGGAAGUACAGAAACCUCUUGUCCAGCUUCUUGUUCUGCUCUCCUGAACUCAGACAUCCGGGGCUCUACAGAAGAACAACGGAUCCCAGCGACUCCAGGAUUCAUCCGUACACCACCGAAGGAGCUCGAGAAAAUUGUGCAGCACAACAAACAAACUCUCUAGAGCUGAACACACUGAAAACACUGUAGAAAU